GACUCGUCCCUCACUUCAACACUUUACACCGCACCUGAAUAACUUCACAAGAUACUCAUCUCUCAGCUUGUUAUACACAGCUGAUACAAACGCGCUUUACGUUGGUUUCAUUCCACUUGCAGUUACGUUACACACACAGAAGUAUAAAUACAUCGAAAUAUCCCACCUGGUUGAUAAGAUCUCAUCCAUAGCUAGCUUCUUUCAUCGAUCAAUUUACCCCUCAUUUGACCUAACAAUACCCAACUCAAUCAUCCACGCAACAAUCUCAACAAUGGACCGACCCAAGAAGCCAUCUGCUCUCUCUGCCACUCCAGGCCUCGCACCACACGCCCAAAUAAAUACUACUCAUUCCAAUUCCCGUGUCUCCGCCGUUCUCCCCACCGGCGAAUCAGUCGAAAUCCUUCUUUACGGCGCCACAAUCAUUAGCUGGAAAGAUGCUGCCGGAACCGAAAAACUUUGGCUCAGCGAAAAAGCGGCGCUCGACGGUACAAAGGCUGUGCGUGGUGGUAUCCCUCUAGUAUUCCCGGUGUUCGGAAAGGUAGAGGGCGAGGAAGGUAAAGCGAAGGGUGUCGAUACUUUACCUCAACAUGGUUUUGCGCGCAAUUGUAGAUGGGAGUUUUUGGGAAAGAGCACUAGUGAGAGCAGCACUACUAAGGGUGGUGAUAGCAGUGUGAAGCUGGACUUUGGUUUGAGUGCCAGUAAUUUACCGGACGAGACACGAAAGUUGUGGGGUGGCGAGUUUGGGUUGAUUUAUAGUGUUACGCUCGGCAGAGAAGGUCUUGCGACUAGCAUGGUGGUUAGAAAUGAGGGUAGUACAGCUUGGGAGUUCCAGAUCUUGAUGCACACUUAUUUGAAGAUCCAGGAUAUCUCCCAAAUCUCCAUCACAGGUCUCGAGAAUGCUACAUAUGUCGACAAACUCACCGAACCAAUUUCUACAAACACCGCUCCAACCGAUCCUCUCACCAUCUCUGCCAAAACCGAUCGUGUUUACACUCCUGCCGGCGGUCCAUCCACUGAAAUAAUCGUUUCCGAGGGAGGAAAAAAGAAAUACACAGUCGCGAGAGAUAACAUGAACCAAGUUGUCGUUUGGAACCCUUGGAUCGACGCCAAGGAUAUCGGCGAUUUUGCUCCAAAAGAUGGAUGGAGAACCAUGAUUUGUGUCGAGGCUGGAUCUGUCAGUGGAUGGCAAAAAUUGGAGGCCGGAGAGACUUGGGAAGGUGGCCAAAUUAUCACAAUUGCUAACUAGCAAUUCAUGGGUGCAAUGAAUAAGCUACCACGCAUGUAAGCAUGUUUUUGGACGAAAAUGGGAGUGAGUUUCUCUAUUUGAGCGAGCUGAAACUUGAGGGCGCUAUUUUGUGCUAUGCAACGUAAUGAAUGCAAUAUUUGAUGAAAUGGGGAAUCUAAACCGCCUCGUUUGGUAGAGAUCUCGUUAGAUAAAGGAAUCAAUUUGGUACUCA